UAUAUAGAAGGGACUUGACAAAUGAGCAUAUCACCCACCCCCGUAUACACAUAAUUAUUUUUUUUUUCUUUCUUUCUUUCCUUUCUUUUUUUGAAAUCAAAAUGAAAAUGAACGAAUCCACAAAAGACACACUCUACAAGGUUGCUGAUGUCACAAAGACUGUUGUUCAUUGGGGAUUUAUUCCUUUUGUUAUUUACUUGGGUAUGACUCGUUCUAACCCUAGACCUUCUGUUCUCAAGCUCAUUAGUCCUCUUGCUUAAAUAAUCCUUUAAUACCAACACUGUAUUAAUGACUAAGCCAGUUUAUAUACAUGUACAUUUAUAUAUAUAUAUAUAUAUGUAUAUAUUCUUUUCAUCUUUUGUACAAAGUAAAUACAAUACUUUUAUUAUAUGCUUCACAAUCCUCUCUUCCAUUCUUUUAUUCUGUGUUAGAAAGUAGAAUAAUGGAGAAAUAUUUUAAUAAAUGAAAGAAAGAAAAAAAAAAUCUUGUAUAUCAAAAUUUGGAAGCUUCAUGCUGGAUGAUGACACUUCAUGGCAGUUAAUUUCAUGAACGUUCCAACUAGUUGUAAUUUUAUUUAGAAAUAUCCUUUAUAUUAUUUAUUUCAAAAAAAAAGGAGGAUGUUUUGUAUUUCUUUUCCUUCUUUCUUGUAAAGAACUUUUUUUUUUU